AUGAGCAAUCAAGACACGAUUAUGGGCAAUGCGCCACUCACACCACGCGACGAGCCCGAACUCACAUCCCCAAUGGUCGACUUCUCGCCAUCUACAGUACCAUACGACGAAGCCUUUGAGAACGGCCUCAUGGAGAUUAUACUCAAUCCACCAUCUCAACCCUCUCCACGAAAACCCUCGGACGAUAUCCCCACAAUCCCCGCUUCGCAACUACCUAUUCCACUUUCCUCCAACCUCCGCACACAUACUUCCGCCAUACCAGGCUUAUACGUCACCCACAAGAACGGGUAUCAUACAGGCGGUCCGGGACCAUCACCACACACUAUUGAGGAGUUCGCGGACAGGUUCAUCAGAGAGCAUGGCAUUGAGGAUGCAGGACAGCUGGAGAGGGUGGUGGAAGAUGUUGUGAGGCAUAAACUGGAUGAGGCUAAGCAGAGGAUGGAGAAGAGGAAGGAGCUUGUCGAAAAAAACAGAGGCAUCGAGAGGGAGCUAGAAGAUCUGAGGUUGCAGAGGAGUGCCGAAUUGAGGGUUAUGGAGAGAGUCAAGGGGAAGAGGAGAUGA